CACAGCUGUUUUUUUACCCAAAAACAUGUCAAGUCAAUAACAAAAUUACUAAAAACUUAUAACUUUAUUAAUAUUCACGGCCGCAGCACGGCGAAUGCUUUUUGGCCGUAAACUUUACAACCAUUUCUCUCGAUUAUUAACAAAUUAUCCAAAAUUUAUCAUGAAGAAAUCGCUGAAAACUUCAGGCACUAUAGGAAAAAACCCUAGGCCUACUUCAGAUCAGGGUAACAAUAGAAAAUCACAACUAUCAGACCUUAAAAAAUAUACCGUUUUACCCACACCAGUAAAAAGCGACAGUGAUCAAAAAGAAUAUAAAGUAAUACAGUUAAGUAAUGGAUUAGUUGCAUGUCUCAUAUCUGACAAAUCACCGAUUUUGCCUUGUGAAAAUUCCGAUAUAGAAUAUGAUGAAUCGAGUAGUGAAGGGAGUGACUCUGAAUCAGAUGGAAGUGAAAGUGAAGGAUCCAUGUCAGUUGACGAAAAUGAUGAAUCCCCACACAAAACCAACAAGAUGGUUGAACAAAAAAUGGCAGCAGCAGGUCUCUGUAUAGGUGUAGGAAGUUUCAGUGAUCCCAAAGACGUCCCUGGUAUGGCCCACUUUCUUGAACACAUGGUUUUUAUGGGAAGCCAAAAGUACCCCAAAGAAAAUCACUUCGAUGAGUUUAUAAAACAAAAUGGCGGCAGCGAUAAUGCGUCUACAGACGCUGAGACCACGGUGUUUUAUUUUGAGUGCCUUGAGAAGCAUUUAGAAGAAUCCCUUGAUAUAUUUUCUCAGUUCUUUAUUGCUCCUUUAAUGAAAAAAGAGGCGAUGACCAGAGAGAGGGAAGCUAUUGAAUCUGAAUUUCAGAUAGCAAUGCCUUCUGAUGGUUCUAGAAAAGAGCAACUUCUCUGUAUGUUGGCGAAGCAAGAUUCUCCAGUAAAUAGUUUUGCUUGGGGUAAUCUUAUCACUUUAAGAGAUAAUAUAAAAGAUAAGGAACUCUAUAAAGGGGUUCAUGAGUUUCGUAAAAGACAUUACUCAGCCCACAGAAUGACACUUGCAAUUCAAGCGCGUCUACCUAUGGAAGAAUUGGAAAGGUACACUCUACAAACAUUCACCAAAGUCGAAAAUAAUAAACAACCGGCCGAUAAUUUUGCUUUGGUUCACAAAAAUGUGUUUGACACACCAGAAUUUAAAAAGAUCUACUAUGUAAUUCCUUCAAAGAAUGUAUGUCAGGUUGAUAUUACUUGGGCAUUUCCUUCUUUGUUAAAUAAGUACAAAAGCAAACCUCAACAUAUUCUGUCAUUCCUAAUUGGAGAUGAGGGUAAGGGAAGCUUAUUGUCUUAUUUAAAGAAAAAACUUUGGGUAAUAGGUAGUAGGGUGGGUAAUACUGAAAGUGGCAUAGAACAUAAUUCACUAUACUCCUUGUUCACUGUUAAUCUAAAUCUAACUGAAGAAGGUUAUGAUCAUGUAAAUGAUGUUAUUGAAGUGGUGUUUUCAUAUCUUAAAAUGUUAAAACAAAUUGGCCCACAGGAGAGAAUUUUUAAAGAGAGACAAUCGAUUUCUCAAAUGACUUUUAAAUUUGCUGAUGAAGAUAGUCCUGUAGAAAUAGUUGAGGACAUGUGUGAAGCUAUGCAAUUUUAUCCUUCUACUGAUUAUAUUACAGGUAGUGAGUUGUAUUUUGAACAUGAUCCAGAGAGUAUCAAAAUGCUUUUGGAUGAAAUGAUACCAGAAAAGGUCAACAUAAUGCUUUUAAAACAAAAAAGUGAAGAGGAAACUAAGAACUACCUCAAAGAAAAGUGGUUUGGUACUCAAUACCUAGCAAAAGAUAUCCCUGAAAACUGGAUGCAACAAUGGAAAAAUGCCCCAAUCAUUCCAGAACUUUCCAUACCUCCACCCAACAGCUUUAUUACUACUGAUUUUACUAUUUUGCCUGAUGUUAAGGAUAACCCUGACUAUCCCAAGAAAAUAAUAGAAGAUGACUUAAUAGAACUUUGGUACAGAAGAGAUAUGAAAUUUAAACUACCAAAUGCUUACUAUUACUUUCAAUUAAUAAGCCCUCUUGCAGUUAAAGAUGUUCGUCAUGUGUGUAUGCUGGAAACACUUGUUAAUCUGUUGGUCAUGGAUAUUGCAGAAGAAAUUUACCCUGCCUCUAGUGCAGACUUAGCUCAUGGGUUUAUGUCAUAUGAGAGAGGGCUUGUAGUAAAAGUCUAUGGUUUUAAUCAGAAAUUGCCUGUUUUAUUGGAUUUGAUUGCAAAGUAUUUGGUAAAUUUAAGUGACACCAUCACAGAAGAUAUGUUUUUGGCUAUAAAAGAUAAGCUUGAAAAAAAUCAUUAUAAUAAACUGCUAAAACCCAGUAAACUGGCAAAGGACAUAAGGUUAAAUUUGCUGGCAAAUAAUAACUGGCAUCCUGUGGAUUGCUAUAAAGCUAUGAUUAAUAUAUCAUUUGAGGAUGUGAAAACAUACUGUAAAGAAUUCUUUAAGAGUUUGUAUGUUAAAGCAUUGGUUCAAGGAAAUGUAGAUGAGACUACAGCUAUUAAAACUGUAAAAGAUUUUGUAAAAACUUUAAAUUUUUCAAAGCUAAGCCAAGAAGAAAGACCUCAAUAUCAAGUUGUAAGACUUGAUAAGGGAGAGAAAUGUUGCAGGAUGAAAGGAUUUAGUGAGAAUGAUACAAACUCUAUCAUAACAAAUUACUAUCAGUCUGACCACUACAAUAUAGAAAAUAGUGUGAUUUUGGAUCUUAUCUUGAUGGUGAUAGAGGAACCCUUAUUUGACAUACUUAGAACAAAAGAACAAUUAGGAUACCAUGUCUUCUGUUCAGUUAGAGAUACUUUUGGUGUACUUGGAUAUACUAUCACAGUAAAUGCCCAGGCUACCAAAGUGACUACUCAAUUUGUGGAUGAAAGAAUAGAAGCAUUUCUAAUACACACACAAUCUCUUCUAGCAAAAUUAGAUGAUAUUAGCUUUGAAAAUACCAAGAUUAACUUAAUAAAAAUGAAACAAUGUGUAGAUACUUACUUGAAGGAGGAGGUAGAUAGGAACUGGUCAGAAAUAACUAGCGGAGAUUAUAUAUUUGAUAGAUUGAAGCAAGAAAUUGAAGCCAUACAAAAGACAGACUUGCAGAAAGUGAAGACCUGGUGGGAGGCUCAUAAUGCUUUUGGUAAUAAAGAAAACUUUAGAAAGUUGACCAUUCAGAUUGAGGGAUAUAAGGAAGAUGAAACAGAAAGCCCACAAUUUGAAAUAAAGUUUUUGGAAAAUGAUAAUGAGGCUUGUGCUAAAGGAGAUAGGGAUUAUUUUAUUAAAAAUAUUGAUGAAUUUAAAAGAAAUUUAAAUAUAUUCAAUGUUAAAUAAAAUUAAUAUAAAUUUCCUAAUUUGA